GAUGGUCACGCAGCGAUGACGCCCGGCAAGAAGAUGGAGUCGAAGAGCACACAGAUCCACCUGCCGCUGAUGGGGAGAGGCAGUCGAGGCGAGCUUAACGAGAAGGUCGUGUUCUCACAGGUCAAGUCCCCCCCGGAGCAGCUUAAUAAUGGACAGUUGUUAGGGGGCUCUCAAAUUAACUUAUGCAACGGCGGAGCUGGUACCGCGAUGACCGGUUUAGUACCGAAGGUACCCAACGGUUAUGGAGAUCAGAAGAAGCCACUGGCAUCUCUCACUCACCUACCGAAACGUCCACCAGUAGACAUCGAGUUUUCAGACUUAUCCUACUCAGUUAGCGAAGGCAGAAAGAGAGGAUACAAAGCCUUACUCAAAGGCAUCAAUGGUACUUUUCGUUCGAGCGAGCUGACGGCUAUCAUGGGGCCAUCUGGUGCAGGGAAGAGUACUCUUAUGAAUAUAUUAGCCGGAUACAAAACAUCGAACGUCAGUGGAUCAAUACUCAUAAACGGUAAGGAGAGAAACCUCAGACGAUUUCGGAAGCUGUCCUGUUAUAUCAUGCAAGACGACUGCCUCCUACCCCACCUCACUGUCAGAGAAGCCAUGUACGUCUCAGCAAAUCUGAAACUCGGCAAAGACAUGACAGUCACCGCAAAGAAAAUAGUCAUCGAUGAAAUAUUAGAAAUGUUGGGUCUAGUUGAAGCCGCUGAUACUAGGGCGAUAAAUCUAUCUGGUGGUCAGAAGAAACGUCUGUCAAUCGCUUUAGAGUUAGUUAACAAUCCGCCUGUGAUGUUCUUCGAUGAGCCUACAUCUGGUUUGGACAGUUCAUCGUGUUUCCAAUGCAUAUCUUUGUUGAAAUUUCUGGCGAGAGGUGGUAGAACGAUCAUAUGCACCAUCCAUCAACCGUCCGCGAGGCUCUUCGAAAUGUUCGACUUCUUGUACACAUUGGCUGAGGGUCAAUGUAUAUACCAAGGAUCUGUUAGCGGUUUGGUGCCGUUUCUAUCAUCAAUGGGUUUACACUGUCCGAGUUACCACAACCCCGCUGAUUAUGUGAUGGAAGUGGCGACUGGGGAACACGGUGACUGGGUACACAAGUUAGUGAUAGCAGUUAACAAAGGCAACUGCGGCAGAGGUCAGUCAUCGACGUCGUCAUCAUCGUCAUCUGUGCCUCAGAACUGCAAUUACAAUAACCAGAACAAGAAUAAUAUCAAGAAAGAAGCGCUUGAGAUUGUUAUUGAUAAACCAACAUGCACGGUGAUAGACAUGUCUGAACCGACCCUCAACAGCGAGAAACAGCCUUUACCGAACUCCACAAACUUAGCUCCUGUCACUUGCACCACAUCUCUCCUCGACUCAAGCGAGAGUUUCUCAAAGAAACCACAGAACGCUGGUUUCCCUACAUCUGGAUGGAAACAGUUCUGGAUAUUGCUGAAAAGGACGUUUAGAAGUAUCUUGAGAGAUCAGAUGUUGACUCAUUUGAGGCUAUGUUCUCAUACUGUAGUGGGUCUCUUGAUCGGGUUCCUGUAUUAUGAUAUAGGUUCUGAUGCAGCUAAGGUUAUGAGCAAUGCUGGAUGUAUAUUCUUCACUGUGAUGUUUACUAUGUUCACGGCUAUGAUGCCUACUAUUCUAACAUUCCCAACCGAGAUGAGUGUGUUUGUGAGAGAGCAUUUAAAUUAUUGGUACUCAUUGAAAGCAUUCUAUUUUGCGAAGACUAUGGCAGAUUUACCGUUUCAGAUCGUCUUCAGCGGUGUGUACGUGAUAAUAGUGUAUUUCAUGACCGGUCAACCAAUGCAGACUGACAGGGUACUGAUGUUUACAACCAUCAAUAUCCUCACGGCCCUUGUCGCCCAAUCCCUUGGUCUACUAAUCGGAGCCGCCAUGAAGAUAGAGACAGGGGUCUACCUUGGACCGGUGACCACCAUCCCAGUGGUACUGUUCUCUGGUUUCUUCGUAAACUUCAACGCAAUACCAAACUAUUUGCAAUGGUUAACAUACCUCAGCUAUGUGAGAUAUGGGUUCGAAGGUGCGAUGCUGUCAGUUUAUGGAUAUGGAAGAGAGAAGCUACAUUGUUCAGAAGCGUAUUGCCAUUUUAGGACGCCUAGUCUCUUUUUGAAGGAAAUGACAAUGGAUCAGGCCAAUUUUUGGGUGGAUGUCGGUGCCUUGAGCGCUUUCUUCGUUUUUAUCAGAGUAAUCUCCUAUUUAGUUUUAAGGUUUAAAUUGAAAAUGAUGCAGUAGUUGCACAAAACGCGCUUCGUAUUUUAUCGGUGGUGAUAUUUUAGAGGUGUAACGGAUAUCCGGGUGUUAUAAAGAAUAACGCUCAUCGUUUUUUGUACCGGAUUUAUGGAUCGUCAAAAAUACACAUGAUGGGCAUUAUUAGUUGUAAUGUGUUAAAUUUAUCAUUAUCAUUAAUGUCAAUUAAUAAAUUUCGGUAAAUUAAAUUUCAGUAACUUAUCGUUUUGGAAACAGCUUAAAAAAAUCUGGAUCCGAAUAUCCGGUUUUUCGGUCGUAAAACUUGUCGGAUAUACGGUUACUAGUUAAACAUAUAUCCGUUAUAUCUUUAUAUAUCAUUACAUUUACCCACAGUUAGCGACGGCCCGACGUGUUCUGUUUGUCGGAGUUGUGAAGACGUUUACGGACUGCGAGUUGUAGAUGACAUUCGGUUAUGCGUACAAUUUGUACACAAUUUUGGUACACGUGAAAUUUCCAUACUUAGUAUGUAUUAUUAAUAUACGAGUGUUAGAUGCGCGUUGCAAACGGCUAGUAAUCUGCAUGCAAGCGGUAUGCAAGAGGCAUGCAAUCGGUAUGCAAGAGGCAUGCAAUCGGUAUGCAAGCGGCGUACAAGCUACAUGUAAGCGGUAUACAAGCUAUUGGUUGCAGCGGCACUCGCGGUCCGUACACGCUUCGAGAUUGUUCUCGAACCUUCGAAAGAUUCUGUCAGCUUCGGUCGCUGAUAAACUACGCACCGGCGCAAAUGUCUAGUUGUUAAAUGUAGACUUAAAAUAGUUUUCGAAUUAUAUAGCUUUAUAGGACGCGGUUCGACUCAGUCGAUUUUUAGUGUUUGUACGUAAAUUUAGGUUUAAGAUUUUUCUAGAUCGGGCCCAUGACUUAAUUUUAAGUUAAUGAUAUUACAUUAUUUUUAAUUUGUAUUUAUGACAUCACAAUGUAGGCUUUUUUACUCGUAACCGUACGCUUGUGAUUAUUCUGCGUUUGGUCACUUGAUUUCUGUCAAAAUUUCGUUCCGUUUUGUGUAGUGUUGUCUAUUUAUGUAUUAGUUAAUUAUAUGUAUUAAAAAAUAACGAAUUUUUUAUAUUAUUCGGUGAUAUCGACAAUGUCCAGUUGACGUGUAUUUAAAUGAAAAAAAAAAAACUAAAAAAAAAAAAUAAUUGCGAUAUUUUUUUAAUUAUUAGUAAUAUAAAAAUAUGUAUAAAAAAGAUUGAUAUUUUAUUUUAAAAUAAAUGAAGGGAUUGUGGUGUAAUAAUGCCUAAUUUUAGUAUAAUGUAGAAUCGCUUCUAUGUUCUAAAUUUCAAGUAGAGACCUGAAGCUAGGUCUUAGGUUUAGAAGGAUUUACUAGGAUGGUUGCUAUUACUAUAAGCAUAAUAUGGUAAUGAUGAUCUCAUAUGGCGGUGGAGUGAUCAAUGGGUCUUUAGAAUAAUUAAUGUGUCUAUGAUUUUAUUGUUCAAAUGUAAUUUUGACAGAGAGCACAGUGUCGGCGGGCGUACAUAUCUACUCAAUUUACAUUCUAGUUUUUAAUUAGAUAUUUAAAAGUACCUUUCAUUACGCUAAAAAAAACAUUUUUUGGUAAUUCUCUAUGUCUAACUUAAUUACCAGUAUUUAUUAAUAAUAAACGACUGUGAUUUUUAUAUAAA